AUCGCGUGGUAACAUAAGUUCUCGGCAUUCUUUUUCUCCUCGUAACGGUCUUGUUGAUUCCGCGUUUUCGAGCCGCGUGACUAACCCGGAAAUCGGGAUGGAGAUUUAUUCUUCCGCGAAAUGUGAAAUGCGAUAAAAUUAACGCGGUGGUAAGAGUUCAGCCCAGAGCCGAACAUGCGGCGACGAUUUCCGAAAGAAAGUAUUAGAUUUCCGCGGCGUAUUUCGGCAAAAAUUCGUCAGUGAAAACAGUGCCAAUGAUUUCGAAUAUAUGGCGGCGAGAGUACUUUUGCUCAGCAUCUUGUUUACGGAAGUGCUAAAGCCCGUUUGCUGUGCAGGGAUCAAAGGUGUUGACAGUGGAGUAAACGGACGAGAUGGACCGAAACAAGAUAGCUUGGAGCCCGGCCCGUUGCGAAAUUUGGACCUCUCAUUGCAAAUCGAACCUAAAGAAGAUGUGAUUUUAGGAAAGAAGGGCAUUACGAUUAGUUGCAACGUGAAUUCCAAUCAGGACAUUGUCUGGUUGCACAACGGGGUAGAAGCACCGCCCUGUGGAAUCUCUCGUUGCACUUUUCUUCGCAAUGGCGCUCUUCAUUUUUAUAAGAAAAAAAAUCUAGAAGUCACUCCAAAACGCAAGGGCUGGAACAACAGUUCAAAACUCACAGCAAAAGAUGAAUAUCGGUGUGUGGUGCACACCAAUUUCGGUGGAUACUUACGAUCGUCGCCAGUUGCUGUACGACUUGCCAAGCUCUCUCGUACGUUUAAGCAGCAACCAAAAGACGUAAAAGUAUAUGAAGGGGAAGUUGCAAGGCUCUCUUGUUUAAUCGACAGCGUGCCCUUCCCUCCAAAAAUUACUUGGGAGCAUAAUUCAGUUGCUUUAUUGUUUGACCAAGACAGCAAAAAAUAUACUUUCGUACCACCUGGUGUUCUGUAUAUAAGCGCAACGAAAUUAUCCGACGCUGGUUCUUACAGAUGCACAGCUGCCAACGAUUAUUUGAACAAAACUACGACAAGCAACGACGCAGUAUUAACUGUCAUUUCCAAAUCAACAAACGAACAUUCCAUUUCUUCACUACUGCCUCAACCGUCCUACAAACAUGUGUUGACGAAAAAAUCCAGUUUGCGACUGGUGUGUGCUGUUUCCGGAUAUCCACCUUCAGUGACAACCUGGUCAUUCAUCUCUCGAAAUCCAGUUAACAAAACCCGACCAGUUUUUCUAAUUGAUUCGACUACCGGCAUAAGUGUUCUGACUUUGGAGAAUGUCGGACCUUCGGAUUCUGGAUUCUACAUAUGCUCUGCCAAAAAUUCGUACAAUGGUAGCAUGGAAUAUCAGAACGUAACUGUGGACGUUCUCAUUCCACCAACCUUUUUGAAAAAGCCAACGAGUCAAGUUUGUCCAAACGGAAGAACAGCGAGGUUCGAGUGCCAAGCUCAGGGAUAUCCUCAACCGCGUAUUUAUUGGCUGAAAGAUGCUAAAAAUGUCACUGUCAAUGGGCGACGAACGAUUUAUGAGAAAGGCAUGAACAAAGUCGAACUUGCGAUUUCCGCUACGGUUUCGACUGAUUCUGGUGUUUAUCAGUGCGUGGCGGUGAGCGAAGCUGGGGAAAUUUGGGCCGCUGGUCGGCUUCAAGUAAAUACUUCGCGUAACAGCCCCGAUGCGCCAACUGCUUUAAAAUGCCAUGCCUUGUCACCACAGAGGAUUUAUAUUUCCUGGGAACCACCGAAGUAUCUGCCGAGUACUAAUAUUACAGCAUACACCGUCCAUUACAGUCCACUUGAAGGAGGAAAGGAAGAAGUUUCUCCGCCGGAACUUGGAAACGUAACAUCUGUGGAAGUGUCAAAGCUGCUCGAACCAUUCACGAAUUAUUCCUUUUACGUGCGUUUGUACAAUAAUCAUGGGGCCAGCGACCAAUCAACUGUAAUCACAUGUUCUACCGCCCCAAGUGUUCCAAAAUCAGCGCCAAAGAUCAAUUUGAAUGUGGUUAGCAGUUCGAAACUGAACGUGACUUGGAUACCCCUAAAUAAAAGGCAAGCGCAGGGUAUAAUUGUGCAGUAUAAGUUACAGUGGAGGCUUCAUCAACAUCCUUCAUCCUGGAUUCUCUACUUUCCCCCAACUGUCGAGAAUUACAUUCUCACUGAUUUGACGGCUGAAGCUCAAUACGACGUUAGAGUAUUGGCAAGGACUGAACAAGGAUGGCCUACCACCAGCGAAAGCCAAUUGCCUUGGUCAACUGUAACGAUGCCUCCUCUUGAAACUGGUCAAUUUACGAUUAAGAAUCUCGUUGACGUUUCGCUUACGAAUAUUAAUGCUUCGACUGUUUCUAUGAAAUGGGCGGUCAACGAAAAGUCAAAUCAAAACCUCGGACAUGAAUAUCAAGCGUGGCAAGUCAGUUCCGAAAACCAGAAAGGAGAGAAGCUAGAAACGAGAUUGUUACCUAAAAAUGUUACUGAAUAUUUAUUUACUAAUUUAGACGCGAAUAAUUCGUAUACAGUGGGACUGUGUAUGGUCACCCAAAAGGAGGCUAGGAAUUGCUUAAAUAAGCGUAUAGAAUCUACAGGUCGCUCCCUUAGCAACAUCCCCACCGCCUUGGAGGCUAUUCCGGCAUCGGCUCACUCAAUAAACUUGACUUGGAGUAUAGCAGAUACCUAUCAUGACAAUAUUUUUGAAGUCUGCUACCAUGCUGUCCACAUCAUGAAGGACACUUCGAAUUGUGUUUUUGUAAAUGGCACCAUGGCUACCAUCGAGGAUUUAAAGCCCUUCACGUUGUACCAAUUCAAAAUUAGAGUUUUGCCCGACGAACCGACUGAGAAUAAUGAAUUCAGUCAGGCCAUAGAGUGUUACACGUGUGAAGACAUCCCUGGAAAGGUCGAGGAUGUUCACUGGUUCCUGGGAAACAGCACUCUGAUACGUCUAGCAUGGAAGGAACCAACGAAAAUAAACGGGAUAAUACAAAAAUACUUUAUUGUUUAUACGAUGGAUCUCUCAAAUUCGGAUUUGUGGGAGAACAUCACCGUUCCAGGUAACAAAACGACGACUAGCCUUCCAGGUUUGAUUUCGGGAAGGCGGUACUUCGUGAUGGUGCAAGCAGCCACUAAAGCCGGCAACGGAAAACCAUCGGAUCCUAUAAUCAUUGUUGCGGGUGGCGGCUCUUCUAAAAAGCCUACUUCAUCCGGUGAGCAAAAACCGUCGCCGAAUGUCAAGACGGAUCAAAGUCUCGGAGUAAUUCUCGGCUUGAGCAUAAGUAUCGUUUGCAUCGGAGUCUGCUUGUGUAGCAUGUACUGCAGAAGAAGAUGGGAGACCUCGAGGUCAUUGAGGGACACUCCGCAACCAUUAAAGAGUCGCGGUUUGGUGAGAAAUGGAAACGGAUGUUGCAUUGAUCGUUCGUCAACUUCCGUUAGCCAACACGUGCCUCACAAUCCAGUAAACGAGAUUGAACUCUCGAUUCUCUGUCCCCCAACCACUAAUCCUCAUGUAGAUACUAAGGGUUCCCAGCCCAAUGGAAUUGUCGAAACAGGUGCGAAGGAGCCUUUAUUAAAUCCAUGGAACUCGAACGGAGACAGUAAAGACCUCCGAAUAACGGAAAAUCCACAGUACAAAGCGAGAGGUAGCCGUACUUCUAGCAAACAACAGGAGCAUGACUUGGACGACACGCAACUAACCAUGGUCAAUUGUACUUUACGUAGCAGCACCAGCAGUCUAAACAAUAACGGAGGCUUGACAAGUAUAGCUUCUUCAGAGAAGAUUGUGUCCAAUUUCCUUCCAGUCCUCGAGCCGAAUGGCUGAAGGCCAAGGAAAUUUCGUUUCUCUAAGGUUAGAGAAGCAAAGGCAGUCUCUCCUGGUAAGAUUAGCAAUCUGUGAUGCCGCUGUAAAUCAAUGCGAACCCUCUUUGGUACAAGUCUGGUUCAUGCUUUAAAAACAAAUAGAUCUUACGGGAUUAGAAUUUAGGCAAACAAGAAAAAAGAUACGUUUUAGCAGACGGAAAAUCGCAGUGAAUCGCGCAUCGUCCAGCACUUAAUCUCUACAAUUGCUACAAAAAUUCGGUGCCUAACGUUCAAGGAACGGCAUCAAUCGUGUAAAUAACACUUGAUGUCCAUAGCCGUUCUUCAUUUCGCGACAAAGCAUCCUCUUCAAUUAAGGACCACCGAUAUUGCGUCACUUUUCGUUAUUCAUCUACUCGGGGAUGAUCAGUUUCAUAUUAAAAUUCUGUAUCGUGCCAGAAUCAAAUUUCAAGAGAGGAAUAUCUGUGAAACAAAACUUGGUUCAGAAGCGAGCCCGUUCCGCAUUCCACAAAAGAGAGAAAACAAGUGACAAGAGUGGGGGGGGGGGAGACCGAAAAAGAUCAUUCCUAAUUUCGGGGAAAAGCAGAUUCAUAGGUGCGUUGGAUGCGCUCUAAAUCUUAUUGAUUUCCAUCUCUCAGAUCAACACAGUCAUUCCAUAAUCUACCCUUACGCGAAACAAAGGAACUGCAUUAUUAUAUAGUUGAAAUCCAAUCUAUGGUCGAAUCUUAAGAAUCGAUUUAUUAGCAUAGGGGGAACGAGCACAGAUUUUCAUUUUAUACAGGGAAAAGAGCCUCGAAAGCAGAGGAUUUUAUUUUAAAUUUUUAUCUAAUGUUUAACUUUUUUCAAUCAGUUUUUAAUAAUUGUCGGUAUAAAAGCUAUUAAACAAAUUUACCACAAAAAAUCUUUCCAUCCUCUGUUCUUAAUCAGGGUGUCUACUUUUAACAUUUUAAAUUGGUCAAAUAGGGUGGCUCUUGGAUCGGGAAUUCAAUAAAUCACAGUGAAUUUAUUUUCUAGUUUAUUUGAAAAUGUUAGUUUAAACAAAUAUUUUAAUUGUUCAAUCCAGAUUUUUUUAAAUUUAAAUGAAUUUCUAAAUGUUUCAGUUUAAGAUGAUGCUUGAAUUGUUGCGCAUUUGAGUGGCCACCUAGUAAUUUUAAUAAAUUUUUUGACCGGGAAUUUUACAGAUCUAAUGAAAAUUCUGUCCAAGUAAACGCGUUUGAAGUCGAAAAUUAAAAAAACAAAACAUUUUUCUUUUGUCAACUGUAAAUAUAAUGAAGAAAAUAUUUUUAAAAUGAUUUG